AGCAUAUCAAUUCAUCAUGUCACGUCUCCUACAUCGAAAGAUUUCCCUUCCAUCCCGUCGCUUCUUCACCACCUCCCGCCUCAGACCAGCUUUCUCCACUGGCCCAGCACCACCCCGUCUUCCUCCAAAAGAACAAGAAGAGUUUGAGCGUCUCCAGAAAUCAUCCACCGGUGCCUUCAGCACGCCUCGAGCCAUAAAUCCCACAAUCUCAACCACUCCUCGCUCACGCCCACAAAUCAAUCAAUCGCCUGCAUCUGCUACAGACUCGAAGGCAAAGACCGCGGGGGUAGAUGUAGAGGUGGAAGCUGUGGACGCGAGGAUAGCUUCGACGGGGAAAGGUGAGGAGUUGCAUCCUGAUAUAAGGAGAGGUGCGAAGCCGGAGUUUGAGGGAGAGAGGAAUCCAAAGACGGGGGAGGUUGGGGGUCCGAAGAAUGAACCGCUGAGGUGGGGGAGUACUGGGGACAGAGGGGAUUGGAGUUAUAACGGGAGGGUUACGGACUUUUGAAGAGAGAGGGGAUGGGUGGAAUCGUUAUGGUAUUCGUGCGAGGGAUUUGUACAGUUAUUGAGAGUGAUUGUAGGAUAUUGUGGGUGGGUACUGGUAUGAAAGCAUUGCUGGCAUCAAGUCCUGAUUCUAUUUCUAUGCUGGAUCUAGGAAUAGUGUGCAAGCUAUGUAUUAGGUAAGACCGGCCGACACCAGAUGCUCCCAAACGUCAUCCUUCCUCAGACAUGAUGACGCAGGACUCGUCAUCUCACGUUCAUGACCAAUGCAGAAAUUCUUCCAACAGCCAUUUCGCAUAAUCCCAUUCGCAUCGAUAGCUGGGAAUCUGGUACCUCACCCGCCUUGCGUACGGAACUUUGUGAAGACAAUUGCCACGCAUAUCAGCCCAGACUCCAGACCACUGUCUCCACUCACUCUUGAGUACAAAUUCGAAUUUCGGUAGCUUCCACUCCUCAACAGUGCAGUCCGCAAAUUUCUCCUCCGUCUGUAUCGACUCUCUGAUUGCAUCGUCUCGAAUAAUGGAUAAAUGACUUUUGGACCGAGAGACGAAAGCGUCGGUCAUGAAUUUGCACAAUGCAAGUCUUUCGGGACACAUGUCUGAGUCUGAAUAGUAGAGGAUGACUUUUUCAAGGAUCCAGCGCAAUGGAUUUAAUACCGCACUGUUUGACGAAAGUGAAGGCAUUGGCUAGGAGAGUAGAAUCUGGAGAACUUGCUCCAUAUAUGGCAUAAACAGGACUUCGAUCUGGAUUUAAAGCGCCAUCUACAAAGCAGACUUCGAGGAUCUCUUGGCGAAUUGCGCGAUAUUCUAAGGUGUCUAGUAGUGUCUGUCUACUGACGUUACCGGUUUCCCAUGUGGUUUUAGCAAGUUCGCGUGAUAACGAGCAGACUUGAAGGACAGGAGGAUGAUUGUGAAUGGUGAA